UACACAUUUUAGUUUUUCAUAGUUUUUCAGUUUGUAAAGUUGACUCACAAUUUCUCCAAUGGGUUUUCACUCCUUUUUCAUCUUCCAUCUUAUGUUUGUCUUUUCACUUUCAAGCUCCUAUGCAACCACCGUUCUUAACCAAACUGAAUUCUUCACACUAAUAAAAACUUCACUAUCAGGCAACUCUUUCCAUGACUGGGAUGGAAACAAUGUAUGCACCUACACCGGUGUAGCUUGUAACGAUAAAGGGUACGUCGUUAAAAUCAAUCUUUCGGGGUCCAAUCUAUCAGGCCAGAUCCCAGAAAACAUAUGUUCUUACCUUCCGCAACUGAAAACUCUAAAUCUUGGUCAUAAUGAUAUUCAUGGCAACUUUCCAUAUAGCAUAACCAACUGUUCAUCACUUGAAGAACUCAACUUGACACAUACAAAUCUUGCUGGAAACUUGCCAGACUUUUCUCCAAUGGUCGUUCUCCGAUUGCUUGAUUUAUCCUCUUGUUCUUUUACGGGUAAAUUUCCCUUGUCUUUUGUAAACCUCACAAACCUUGAAGUGCUAAACUUCAAUGAAAAUGGUGGUUUUGAUCUAUGGAGAUUGCCUGAUGAUAUUUCCAAGCUGACCAAGCUCAAAUCCAUGAUCUUGAGUACUUGCAUGCUUAGUGGUUCCAUCCCCAAAACCAUUGGGAAUAUGACAUCUCUAGUUGACCUUGAAUUAUGUGGAAACUAUCUAGUUGGUUCAGUCCCAAAAGAAAUUGGUUUGUUAAAAAACUUGCAACUUAUUGAGCUUUACUACAACAACCUUGUCGGUGAAAUACCUCAAGAGCUCGGAAACCUGACCGAGCUAACAGAUAUCGAUAUGUCUGUAAACAAGUUAACUGGAAGUCUACCAGAAUCCAUAUGCAGAUUACCCAAGUUGAAAGUAUUGCAGUUUUACAACAAUAGUCUCACUGGAAAAAUCCCACGUGUGCUUGAUGACUCGAAAACUUUGGUCAGUUUGUCCCUUUACAGCAACUACUUAACCGGUGAAGUUCCACGGAAUCUAGGGAGAUAUUCACCUUUGAUGCUGUUUGAUUUGUCAGAAAAUCAGUUAACAGGUGACUUGCCACAAGAGAUAUGUAAUGGAGGUAAGUUGCUUUACUUGUUAGCACUUGACAAUAACUUUUCUGGUGUCAUGCCUCAAAGUUAUUCCAAGUGUUUUUCGGUUAUCCGUUUUAGACUAAGUUCUAAUCGUUUGUCGGGUAAUAUACCCGAAGGGAUUCUAGCACUCCCUUCUGUGUCGAUUAUCGAUUUGAGUUAUAAUUUUUUCACUGGUUCAAUUCCUCUAGGAAUAAGAAAUGCUAGAAACUUGUCUGAAUUGUUCUUACAAAGUAACAUGAUCUCUGGACCCAUCCCUUCUGAAAUCUCACACCUUUAUACUCUUGUAAAGCUUGAUCUAAGCAACAACAAUAUUUCGGGUCCAAUACCUUCUGAAAUUGGCAAUUUAAAUCGCCUCAAUCUUCUUCUGUUGCAAGGAAAUAAGCUUACUUCUUACAUUCCCAAUUCACUCUCUUCAUUAACAUCUCUAAAUGUUCUUGAUCUGUCUAGAAAUCUUCUAACUGGUUCUAUCCCAGAAAGCCUUUGUGAUCUGCUUCCAAGUUCUAUGAACUUUUCCAAUAAUGAACUUUCUGGACCAAUCCCUGUUUCUUUCGUAAAAGGAGGAGAGUUAGAAAGCUUUUUAGGCAACCCGAAACUUUGUGUUUCUGAACAGCCUAACUUAUCAGAACAAAAUUUCGCCAUAUGUUCAGAAAAAUACAAUAAGAAGAAGGUUAAUUACCUUUGGGUUAUCGUUGUUUCGGUUGGGAUCAUUGGGAUUGGAGGCAUUUUGUUUCUUAAGCGAUGGUUUGGCAAAGAAAGAGACGUUCAAAAACACGAAGAAACAUGGUCAUCGUCUUAUUUUUCAUACAAUGUGAAAAGUUUUCAUAGAAUAAGUUUUGAUCAGGAUGAAAUAGUGGAAGCAAUGAUCGAUAAGAAUGUGGUUGGACAUGGUAGUUCGGGUACUGUUUACAAAAUCGAUCUUAGCAAUGGAGAAGCCGUAGCUGUUAAACGACUUUGGAGUCAGAAAACAAAAGAUGACUCUGCUGAUGACCAAGAGAUUAUGAACCGAGAGUUGAAAACAGAAGUGGAGACUCUAGGAAACAUACGGCACAAAAACAUUGUGAAGUUAUAUUGUUACUUUUCAAGUUUGGAUUGUAACCUGUUGGUUUAUGAAUACAUGCCAAAUGGAAACCUUUGGGAUGCACUUCAUAGAGGCAAAUGUCUUUUGGACUGGCCAACACGACAUCAAAUUGCGCUCGGUAUAGCACAAGGUUUAGCCUAUCUUCAUCAUGAUCUGAUGCCCCCCAUCAUUCAUAGAGACAUAAAAUCCACAAACAUCCUACUAGAUAAAAAUUUUCUACCGAAAGUUGCAGACUUUGGGAUAGCAAAAGUUGUAAGGGCUAGAGGGAAAGACUCCACCACCACUGUUUUUGCAGGCUCCUACGGAUACUUUGCACCAGAGUAUGCAUAUUCGUGCAAAGCAACUACAAAGUGUGACGUCUAUAGUUUCGGGGUAGUGCUAAUGGAGCUAAUAACUGGUAAGAAGCCAGUGGAACUAGAAUUUGGAGAAAACAAGAACAUCAUAUAUUGGGUUUCUACCAAAGUAGAAACAAAAGAAGGAGCAUUUGAGGUUUUGGACAAGAGACUUUCGGGGUAUUUCACAAAUGAGAUAAUCAAGGUUCUUCGCAUAGCCAUUCGUUGUACAAGCAAGACAGCAGCCCUUCGUCCGAGCAUGAAUGAGGUUGCUCAGUUGUUAAUCGAGGCAGACCCUUGCAAAUUCGAUUCUUGCAAAUUGACGGACAAGACCAAGGAACCAAUAAAGUAAAUGUACGUAAUAUUGAAGGAAUAACUUUGUUUACUUCUUUGAGGCUUUAGAACAAAGUAGCUUAGGAUCUACGACGAAUAGUUUUAUUGCUUUCGGAGAUCUUUUGAGAAAAAACUCAUUGUAAAAGUCAGCUUACUUCUCUUUGUCCCCAAAACUAAUUAGGUAACAGCAGUAUUAAUUAUAUCAAGUGUAGUACAUAAUUAACAAAACAUAGAUUUCACAGCACCAUUUUUCUUGGUCUACUAUGCUUGUGUAUUGGCUUCAUCAUGAUAUAAAUCUUGGACAAUGAAAACUUGUAUCCUCAA